AUGGCUCAACAACUUCAGGAUCUUGACUUCAGUGAAACUGUGAGAGUGAUAGAUUUGACGAAACGUGCAAUGAGAUGUGCUGGAAUUUGGCCGGAGGAAGUUCACGAAUCAAAGUUUAUAUUCUUCACAGCUUAUCUGACUAUUCAUUGUUUAUUAGCGAUCAUUGAUAUUGCGAUGAAUAUAUCAAAUCUAACAUAUAUCGUUGCGUGUUCAUUGGAAAAUGCAUUCAACCUGAUGGCUCUUUUGAAGAUAUGUAUUUGUAGGAUUAAGAGAAAAUCAUUAACGAAACUUUUACAAGACAUCAGAACUGAUUUCAUCAUUGAUAAUUACAAGAGCAGAGACGAGCAAAUGGCUUUUUUAAAUUACAACAAAUUUAGUCAAAAAUUUGUAAGAUUGACCUUGAUCGUAUGUUUUAUGGCAGCUUCGUCGUACUACUUCAUGUCUUUGGUGAUGAAUGUAGAAAUGGAUAUCUGA